GGAUACUCUCAUGUGGUGGAUGCAACUACUUUUAGAUUUUUGAUUAGUCUGGCAAUAAGAGAAGGACUUGAUUUACGUUUGAUGGAUGUAGUCAUAGCUUAUUUAUAUGGCCCACUGGAUAAUGACAUAUACUUGAACCUCCCAGAAGGAUUCAAACUGCCAGAAGCAACAAAAUCUAGUUCUCGAGAACAUUUAUGUAUUAAAUUGAACAAAUUUCUUUAUGAAUUGAAACAAUCUGGCAGGGGCGGACCUAUUAAGCCCUUAUGGUGAGCAAUUGCAGCCCCAUUUUGUAAAAAAAAAAAUCAGGUAUAUAAGCCCAAGCUAGUUAAAAAAAAAAAGGCCCAAAAAAUUGAACCCCCAUUCUAAAUGUGUCUGGCACAUUACAAACAAGUAGUGGGCUCCUUAUUUCUCCAAUUAGUGGGCUCUCUAUUUCUCCAAUUCUCCUAAAUGUUUCACGUGAUUGGGGUACAUAAAAAUCAAUUUUUUUUUUUAAUUUUUUUAAAAGUUCUUGUACAGUCACUGAGUCACUCACCCUUUUCAACCCUUACCCAACUUUCUCUCUCUAACUCAAAUGCCUCAAUAGCUCAAAUGCCCAGAUCUACAUAGUACUACUACCAAACUACCACCUAACCCAACCUCACAGCUAGUUUUUCCGACCUGAGUUCGCUAGAUUGCUGCCGCCUGCCGGAAAAGUUCGUCGCCGUUGACCGCUUCCGAGUUCCGACUUCUCCAAGCAGCAAAUUGUCCACAUUUGAAUUAAUAUACAAGAAUACAAGUGAAAGAUGGUUGAUGAUAGGAGUAGUCCUCCCCGUAAGAAAAAAAUUGGUUUAUUCAAAAAUCCAAAAGAAGUGAAGCAAGUUCUUCAUCACCAACUCAACCUCCAAUAACUCAAACAGAGCAAGAGUGUUCAUCCCCAUCUAAUAACACACCGGAAACUCAGGAAACUGGAACGGGAUCAAUACCUACUACCAAUGGGAGUACAACAUUUGCAUCAAGGGAGAGACAAAGUGAGCUUGAUGUUACUUCAUUGCCACAUGAUCCAGAUAAAAGGAGAAAAAUUGUGGAGUAUCAUCCGAUGGACCAAGAUGCAGUGAGGAGAGUAUAUAUACAGAGAGGUCCUUGUCAGCCACUUACUCACAAAUUUCCUCAAUCAAACUUCGGAGGAGGUACAUUACGUCGCUUUAAUCGUUCUUGGUUUAAGAAAUAUACUUGGCUUGAGUAUAGUCAAAAGAUGCUACAUUUUGCCUUGUGUGCUAUUUGUUUAAGAAUGAAACUUCUAAAGCUGCAGGGGGGGGGGGAUGCAUUUGUUGUUAAUGGAUUUAGAAGUUGGAAUAGGCCAGUUAGAUUUAGGAAACAUAUUGGUGGGGUUAAUAGUGCUCAUAAUCAAGAUUUACAAAAGUUUGAAGAUAUAAAAAAUCCAAAAACAUCCAUCCAAACUUCCUUGACUCAAGCUUCAGAUCAAGCAAAACAUGAUUAUAGAGUCCGUUUGACUGCUUCACUUCAAUGUUUGAGAUUUCUUUUGCGCCAAGGAUUGGCAUUUCGUGGCCAUGAUGAAAGUGAAGAUUCAAAUAAUAAAGGAAAUUUUCUUGAACUUUUACAAUGGUUUGCCGAAAAAAAUGAAGAUGUAGGAAAUGUAGUCUUAAAAAAUGCUCCAGGGAAUAAUCAAAUGACUACUCCUUCAAUUCAAAAAGAUCUUAUCAAUUCUUGUGCUAAAGAAACUACUAAAGCAAUUGUGAAUGAUAUUGGUGACGAUUAUUUUGGCAUUUUAGUCGAUGAGUCUAGUGAUGCAUCUCAAAAGGAACAAAUGGCUUUGUGUGUGCGUUAUGUUGAUAAGAAAGGAAUGAUAAUGGAACGGUUUCUUGGGAUUGUUCAUGUUCGGGACACCACUGCCUUGUCUCUUAAAGAAGCUAUCCUUUCUUUGCUUAAUGAACAUUCUUUGAGUUUGUCUAGAGUUCGGGGGCAAGGAUAUGAUGGGGCUAGUAAUAUGAAGGGUGAAAUUAAUGGGCUCAAAACUUUAAUCAAGAAUGAAACAUCUUCUGCAUAUUACAUUCAUUGUUUUGCUCACCAACUUCAAUUGACUCUUGUUGCCGUUUCUAAGAAAAGAAAAGAUUGCGGUUGGCUUUUUGACACACUUUGUGAUUUGUUAAAUGUUGUUGGAGUAUCUUGUAAGAGAAAAGAUGUUCUUAGGGGAAAACAAGCUGAAAAAGUUACUAAAGCUAUUGAAAAUGGUGAACGUGAAAGUGGAAAAAGUAAGAAUCAAGAACUUGCCUUAGCUAGGCGAUGUGACACACGUUGGGGAUCUUGUUAUAAAUUGAUGGUAAAUGUGAUUGCUUUGUAUCCUGCAAUUCGUGAGGUGCUUGAUUUAAUUGGGGAUGAUGCUAGAAAUUGUGAUGAUGCUCGAAAAGCGGAUAAUGUGAGUUUUGCAAUUGAGUCAUUUGAUUUUAUUUUCAUGAUCCACUUGAUGAAAACAAUAUUUGGGAUUGUAAAUGAAUUAAAUAAGGCUUUGCAAAAAGGAGAUCAAGAUAUUGUUAAUGCCAUGUCACUUGUUUCUUUGACUAAAGAAAGAUUGCAAGACAUGAGAGAAAGUGGGUGGGAUAAUUUCCUUACCACAACCACUACAUUCUGUGAGAAAAAUGGCAUUAGUGUUCUUGAUAUGAAUGGUGUGUAUACUCCUCCGGGAAGGAAAAAACGUGGUCGUUUGGAUACUACUAAUAUGCAUCAUUUUCGAAUUGAAGUUUUUUUUAGCGUAAUUGAUCUUUAACUACAAGAGCUUAAUAAUCGAUUUGAUGAGGUUAGUAUGGAAUUACUUGUUUGCAUGGCUUCUUUGAGUCCCGUUGAUGUUUUCUCUUCCUUUGAUAAACAAAAGAUACUAAAACUUGCCGAGUAUUAUGAAGAUGAGUUCUCAAGUGCUGAUUUGUUAAGCCUUGAUGAUCAACUAGGGAACUAUAUUACUGAUAUGAGAAGAGAUGAUAGAUUUUGGGGAUUAAAUGAUCUUAGUGAACUCUCCAUGAAGUAAGUUGAAACAAAAAAGUGUCAAGUGUUCCAACAGGUUUAUUUGCUCAUAAAGUUGGUGAUGAUUCUUCUCGUGGCAACCGCAAGUGUGGAAAGAGCAUUUUCAUCAAUGAAUUAUGUGAAGAAUAAGUUACGAAAUAGCAUGGGUGAUAAAUUUUUAAACGAUUGUUUGGUUACUUUCAUAGAGAGAAACAUCUUCCUUGAAAUUAGUGAUAACGAUAUUAUUAAGCGAUUUCAAGAAAUGAAAAUUCGACGAGAACAAUUGUAAUUUAUUUUUUUUAACUUUGUUUCCCCCUUAUGAAUGUAUUUGGUUUGUAUUAUUGAAAACAAUUUGUAAUUUUCGGUGAUGUAUCUUGACAUUUCUUUACUUUGUUGUUCGUACAUUGGUAUGAUUAA